AUGGGGACGGAGCCCACAGAGCAGGUUUCCUGGGACCCCUACUCCGGGGAUGAUGAGGAGGCAUAUUCGACUGAGCUAUUGCCCGAGCUCUGCUACAAGGCGGAUGUCCAGGCCUUCAGUCGAGCCUUCCAACCCAGUGUGUCUCUGACAGUGGCUGCGCUGGGUCUGGCUGGCAAUGGCCUGGUUCUGGCCACCCAUCUGGCGGCCCGACGCACUGCUCGCUCGCCGACCUCCGCACAUCUGCUACAGCUGGCCCUGGCAGACCUCCUAUUGGCCUUGACCCUGCCCUUCGCAGCAGCCGGGGCUAUUCAUGGUUGGAGUCUAGGAGGUGCCACCUGCCGCGCCAUCUCGGGCCUCUACUCGGCCUCCUUCCACGCCGGCUUCCUCUUCCUAGCCUGUAUCAGCGCUGACCGCUAUGUGGCCAUCGCGCGGGCGCUCCCAGCCGGGCGGCGGCCCUCCACGCCUGGCCGUGCGCAUUUGGUCUCAGUCAUCGUGUGGUUGUUGUCGCUGCUCUUGGCACUACCUGCGCUCCUCUUCAGCCGGGACGGGCAACGGGAAGGCCAGCGACGGUGUCGCCUCAUCUUCCCCGAAGGCCUCACGCAGACCGUAAAGGGGGCAAGCGCCGUGGCGCAGGUGGUCCUGGGCUUCGCGCUGCCGCUGGGCGUCAUGGCAGCCUGUUAUGCACUCCUGGGCCGCACGCUGCUGGCCGCCAGGGGGCCAGAGCGCCGGCGUGCGCUGCGCGUCGUGGUGGCCCUGGUGGCGGCCUUCGUGGUGCUGCAGCUGCCAUACAGCCUCGCUCUGCUGCUGGAUACCGCCGAUCUACUGGCUGCCCGCGAACGGAGCUGCCCUGCCAGCAAGCGCAAGGAUCUGGCACUGCUGGUCACUGGCGGCUUGGCCCUCGCUCGCUGCGGCCUCAAUCCCGUGCUCUAUGCCUUUCUGGGCCUGCGCUUCCGCCAGGACUUGCGGAGGCUGCCGGGUGGGGGCUGCAGCCCAAUGCCUCACCCCCGCGGCGGCUGUCCCCGCCGGCCCCGCCUUUCUUCCUGCUCGGCUCCCACAGAGACCCAGAGUCUCUCCUGGGACAACUAA